AUGAUGUUAUAGAGAAUUUCAUAUUUCUUUUUACUUUUGCUGAUUUUGAAGAGCCAUAAGCACUUUAAGCACUAUUAUUUCAUGGAGAUAAAAAUCAUAGUGCAAGUCCUGUUGCUGAUCUUAUAUCACAAACUAAGGAUCCAUUUUGGUUAAAAUUUAACAACUCAGCAUUUCAAGCAGUUGGCAGAAAAGAAAAUUUUAAACCUCUAUGGGAUGAAGCCUAAGAGUAAUUUUAAUAAUUUUAUGAAGAAAAAAUUCUAAAAACACCAUUUGUUAGCUUGAAACUCACCCGAGAAGUCAUUUUAGAAAGAAAAUAGUUGCAAAACAUUAUUAUUCAUCUAAGACCUGAUAUAUAAAACCAGCUAAAUCUUAUUACAGAAAUAGAAAAUCAAGUUGAAAUCAUAUAGAAACUUACAACAGAUUAAUUUGAAUCAAAAAAUUUCAAAUUCUCUUAAAAAGGAUAUGAUAUUGUAAAAGUUGAUUUAAAGCCAAAGGAAUAUGUUACAAAUUGUGUAAAGUGCAAUUCCACUUGUCAUUAUCCAUGUGCAAUUCCUGAAUCAAAAGAAAAAUAGAAUUGCUGUAAAUGUUGGGAGGAUCAUCAGAAUAUGAGCUUUCGUUUUGAAGUUAAAGAAAAAUUUACAGAAGUUGUAUUAGAAGAUUUGAAAAAAAGACAUUAAGAAUCAUCCUAAAUUAAAUUAACCAAAGAUUACUUAAAGGAUCAAUUAAGCAAGGAAUUAUAAAAGAAUAAAUAAAAGUGCUAACAAAAAAUUUAGCAGUUAUUAUAAUCCGUUAAAAAAUUAAAUGAAAUUGCUUUAUAACCAGCCAUCAGUGAUGCAGAAACUGAUUAUAUCGUUUAUAUGAUAUAGGAGGAAGAACAAUAAAAAAAACCAGGAUAUUAAAAAAGAAUUUAGGUCUUGAAAGUUAUCAAAGAACAAUGGCAGUGGUUAAUGGAAUAAAUAAAUUAAAAGUGA